AGACUCAUUGAUAAAUUCACUACGAUUCUCAACCAAAUUCACUCACAGCAUUGUAUUUCAUCGUAUCGGUUUGUGUUUUCGUUGGAUCCUCACAUACGUACGUCUCUUGGUCCAGCAAGCAGAAUUCACGCCAGUACCUCUCCUGGGCCAGACAUUGGCAUCUUCACCACAAACCCCGAUCGCCUUCACGCCGUCUUUACCAGCCCAAAUGGUACACAAGAUGGCGGCGCGCUUGCCAUCACUGCCUUUGGGUGGUGAACCUGAGCUUCCCAAUAUUGCUUCUAGUGGCGCUCGCGCUGCCGGAUUGAACAGCCAGCGGUUCGAGAUAGACGACGACGAUCUUGACGAAUUGGCCGACAUCAUUCCCUGCUCCUCCCCGUACUUCAUGCAGCCGACACAAAUCAUUGACCAGGCGACGCAACCGACGCAAAUAGUGGAAAGGAGGACUACACUGCAACGGUCAUCGCCACCCGUGCCAGAAACACCGACUUCCAUCGUUGAAGUCCCAGCUUCGUCACCCUUCCGGAGUAUGUCGCCACGAGCAUCCCAUUCGCUAAAUCAAAAUCAACUGUCCGCCAUCAAGACGCAACCGCACGGGGCCAAGACCGGAGGGUUGGGGACAAGGGGGCUCGCAUCUCUCAUGGCGCCCGCCGGCACAGCUUUCCGAGCCCCUUUUGCUCCACAGCCGCAACGUGCGCAGACUGUUUUCAAAGGUCCUCUUUUAAAUACUUCAGAUGAUGACCUGGCAAAAUAUUACAAGCGCGAAGAUAGCUCUGGUGAUGAAACUCCUAUGAGAGGUGACAUACGACCAUCGUCAUUUGUCAGGAAACAGCAGUCAGUCGCGGGAUCUGGCGCGAGCUUGCAAAAUGCGGCCGAUCUCAUGGACAAGGGGUUCGCGCUUAACGACAUCAAUGACUUACGCCUUCGAUAUUUAACCAGGGAGACUCACAAGAUCGCAAAGAAAGUCCUGCCACAGGUAACAAUUCUCGAAUGCAAAAAUGCAUUGGUGAGGAACGCCCGAUCUACGGAGGAUGCUGUCAAGGAUCUCCUCGGCAAGCUUGGAGACCCUUCUGGGCUCAUUGAGACUCUAAUGCGUCCUGCUUUAAGCAAAUCAAGAGCCAUAGUUGGUGACAAGUCAAGGGAACCAAAAAUAACUAUUCCAUCCGAUCCGCCGAUCACCCUAAGCUCACCAUUAUCCUCUCAAGCUUCGCCAGAAGUACAGAAGGCGGCUCCACCUCCUCGUCGACGGCUUGUACAAGGGCGCCGGAACCGCUCACCCUCGCCUGCUCAGGUAUUUUCUGUUUCUCCAUCACAUUCCUCAGCGGCGACAACUCCAUCCAGCUCCACUGAAAUUAUCUCGCGGCAGCGAGAACGGGCAUCGAAAAUGGCUGCUGCGGCAGGCACUCGGCGUCGGUUGGUACCCGGUCGGCCAAAACCAGAGUCCUGCGAAGUCAUCACACUAGACUCGGAAUCUGAUGAAGAAUUGCCUGAUCUCAACACUAUCGCUUCGCGCAAACGGAAGGCAAAAGAGCAGCCGAAAGAGAUUGUGAAGGCACCAAUUAACGUGCCCUCGGACUCCGAUAAUGAACCCCGCGUCGACUUCAUCAACUCUGACGAUUCUGGUUCGGACAGCGGGGCCCAGCCUUCCCAACGAAAGAUUGAUGAGCAAGUCAGCGUUCUGGAUUAUCUCAACAAAUGCUCAGCCGAGGAACUUGCGCGGAUGACUGGACUUCCUACUGGUGACACGCAGCUUGUCCUAUCUGAACGACAGAGUCAACCCUUCAAGAGCCUCGAGGCAGUGACACAGAUCACUGGAAGACAAAAGUCGAAGACCAAAGCAGCAAAAAUCCAAAUAGGUCUCACCAUUGUCGAAAAGCUCGUGACCUGGUUCAACGCUUUUGAUGCCGUCACCAACAUCAUCAAGGAGUGUGAGCAGAGAGGCGCAGAGCUUGAAUCUGUCAUGUCCACAUGGGAAGUGGACAAAAACGGCAAGGUGAAAGAUAUCAAUCCAGCGGCACUCGUCCGGCUUCCUAUCACCAAACAGCCAACUCUGAUGGACGCUUCAGUUGUCCAAAUGAAGUCUUACCAGCUACUUGGAUUGAACUGGUUGAACCUUCUCCAUGGCAAGGGAUACAGUGGUAUACUGGCAGACGACAUGGGUCUGGGCAAGACUUGCCAGGUCAUCUCUUUCAUCGCUCACCUUGUCGAGUCGAGGGACGAUUACUCUGACCAGCCAUGGCCAAACCUCAUCGUUGUGCCGCCCAGCACUCUCGAGAACUGGGUCAACGAGUUUGAACGUUUCGCGCCGGGAAUCAAGGUGUUCCUGUAUUCUGGUACAAAUCGUCGGGAGCUUGACCCUGAAGAUGCUCGGGACUCCCAUGUCGUUCUGACCUCGUACUCCCAAAUGGAGCAGAAGAUUGAAGACAUACAAUGGCUCACGGAGAUGGAGCCGUACGCUGCCAUAUUCGACGAGGGUCACAAGCUGAAGAACCCAAACACCAAGGUGUACAAGCACCUGAUGAAACUACCCUCAUCCUGGCGCUUGGUCCUCAGUGGGACCCCGGUUCAGAACAACCUGAAAGAACUCCUCAGUCUCCUUCACUUUGUGGAACCAGACCUCUUUCAUGAGGACGAUUUCGAAAAACUGCGAACAAUCUUCGAAGCCAAGGUUACGAACAAGGACGUCCACAACUUUGCGGCGUUGGCGAAGGAGAGAGUCGGGAAUGCUCGGACCAUCAUGGCUCCCUUUAUUCUUCAGAGACGGAAGGACGACGUACUUGACCUGGCCAAGAAGAUCGAGAACGUGGUGCUGGUUGGCAUGCACCCCGACCAGAGAGCGGUCUAUAGUGAGAUCAAGGGAACUUAUCUCACGAAGAGCAAGGGAGCCAAAGUCAAAGCCAACUCUUGGAUGCAACUUCGCAAAGCUGCUAUCCACCAUCAGUUGUUCCGCCAGCACUUCACUGACAGGAAGGUGAAAGAGAUGACCGACAUACUAUGGAGCAAAUGCUCAGCGGAAGAACUCGACGUUCAAAGCAAGGAACCCAAACAUAAGAGCAUGUUCCAGUCGUACCUCAUGGAGAUGUCAGACUUUGCUCUCCAUCUCUAUUGCAAAGAUUUCAAUAGAUAUCUUAGCAAAUUCGACAUACCACACAGAUCCUGGGAGGAAAGUCCCAAGGUCCAGAAGCUUCUUGAGCUCGUAAAGGGCUACAUGGCCAACGGUGACCGUUGUCUGGUCUUUAGCCGGUUUGAGAUGGUUAUCGACAUUCUGCGAGAGACGCUGCAUUGCGCUAGCAUUCCAUACUGCGAACUUACUGGAAGAGCGGGUGUCGCAGAUCGAUUCCCCGAGAUUCAAAGAUUCAACGAGCAUCCUGAGAUCCCGGUGUUCCUUCUCACGACUGGAGCGGGUGGCACCGGUCUCAAUCUAACCGCUGCAAACAAGAUCAUCAUCUUCGACCAAUCCGACAAUCCCCAAGACGACGUGCAAGCGUCUAACCGAGCCCAUCGUAUUGGCCAGACGAGAGAUGUUGAGGUCAUACGUAUCAUCACGGAGAACACGGUGGAGACUUUGGUCUACAACUCGUGUGUCAAGAAGCUGAUGCUGGCUGCUUGUGUUGAGGGGCAGUUUAGGGUAGACGACGACCACGAGUCGGUCGAGGAGGAGUGUCGCAAGAAGAUGCUAGAGACCACCGAGGCGGAAAUUCGUGCUACGCAGGUGAUUACAGUUGAGUAGCAUGUGUCCCAGUGAGACGGUCACCAUGCCUAGGCGACUUAUCUGGUUUGACUUGUCAUUGAUUGACUUCAGAACUUGUUGAUACAAUUUUUCAUGGACC